AGUUUUAUUGCAGAAAAAUGCCGAAGAAGAAGACGGGGGCGAGGAAGAAGGCGGAGAAGCAGAAAGCCAGACAGAAAGUGAUCGCAACAAAAAAGGAUACGAGGGAGAUCGUCAGUCUACCAGCCAACUUCAACAUGGAGUGCGACAGAUGUCAGAGAAGACAGAAAAAUAGAGCUUUCUGCUACUUCUGUCAGGCUGUACAACGGUUACCGUGCUGUGCCGAGUGUGGAAAGCAGAAAUGUAUGAUGAAGACUGGAGAUUGUAUAAUAAAACAUGCAGGACAGUAUGUUACUGGUAUGCAGAUGGUAGGUGCAGUUUGUGAUUUCUGUGAAGCUUGGGUGUGCCAUGGUCGAAAGUGUCUUCAAAGCCAUGCUUGUUCCUGUAUCUGCAGGGAUGCUGAGUGUAUUGAGUGUGAGCGAGGAGUCUGGGAUCACGGUGGAAGGAUCUUCCAGUGCAGUUUCUGUGUUAAUUUCCUGUGCGAAGAUGAUCAAUUCGAGCACCAGGCCAGCUGUCAGGUUGUCGAAGCUGAGAAUUUGAAAUGUCAAAGUUGCAACAGACACGGACAGUACAGUUGUCUCCGUUGCAAGGUUUGCUUCUGUGAGGAUCAUGUUCGGAGAAAAGGAGUUAAAUAUGAGAAGAAUCAAAUCCUUCCCUGUCCUAAGUGUGGCUACGACACUGCCGAGACGAAGGCCAUGUCGAUGUCAACAAGAGCCCAUAAAUUUGGUCGACAACAACAAACCUACGGAGGUCGAGGACCGGGAGAGGAUGAUGAUGAUGAUGAUGAGGAAGGAGGUGCUGGAGGUUUCAGUGGAUAUGGAGGAUAUGACGAGUCCGAUAAGGGAGAGUUCGGAGGAUACUAUUUGGAUAAUUCCGAUGAUGAUGAUGAGGAUUAUGAUGAUGAAGAUGAUGAAUAUGAUGAAGAUGAUGUAGAGGAUGAAGAUGAGGAUGAGGAAGAUAAAAAGGAGAAGAAGUAGUCAUCAAGUAGUGCUUUGUUUCUGUGAUAAUAGAAGUCAGAAAUAAAAUAUUAUUUUUACA